AUAGACGACAAGAGCAGUGCAGAUAAAGGAACACGCACCAGAGAGUGCAGCAGAGAAGGAGAGGGAGAGAGGAUGUAGCCUAGCUCUAGCCAGAGCAGCAUCACACUGACUAACCACUGAAUCUCUGUAAUGCAGCAGAAUCAGUGGCCCAACUAAAGAAAGGCACCAUGGCUGUUGGAUUGAGGCCAGUGAUUUUGCUGCUUUUGCUGCUCUGCUGUUGUCAACUUGCCUCAAGUAAAGAAGGAAAAUCCACAAAGAAAGGAAAAAAAGGAAAGCAAGUUGUCUGUCCAUCGCAGUUGUCUCCAGAAGAUUUGGCACAGGUUCCAGCUAACUCUACCUCCAACAUUUUGAAUCGUCUGAUGGUCAGUUAUGACCCAAGAAUAAGACCUAACUUUCAAGGUAUCCCAGUUGAGUCCAGAGUGAACAUCUUCAUUAACAGCUUUGGGUCUAUCCAGGAGACAACUAUGGACUACAGAGUAAAUAUAUUUCUUCGACAAAGAUGGAAUGACCCUCGUCUACAGCUUCCUACAGAUUAUAAGAGUGAAGCACUAACUGUUGAUCCCAAAAUGUUCCAGUGUUUAUGGAAACCAGAUCUUUUCUUUGCAAAUGAAAAAAAUGCAAACUUUCAUGAUGUCACACAAGACAAUAUACUGCUUUUCAUCUUCAGGAAUGGAGACGUCCUGAUCAGCAUGAGGCUGUCGGUGACACUGUCUUGCCCCUUGGAUCUUACACUUUUCCCAAUGGACACACAGCUAUGCAAGAUGCAGCUGGAGAGUUUUGGCUACACCACCAGUGAUCUUGUGUUCAUGUGGCAGUCUGACCCAGUUCAAAUGGAUGAGAUUGCUCUCCCACAGUUUGACAUCAAGCAAGAGGACAUAAAAUAUGGAAACUGCACAAAGUACUACCAAGGAACAGGAUACUACACCUGUGUUGAGGUUAUUUUUACAUUGCGACGGCAGGUCGGUUUCUACAUGAUGGGAGUUUAUGCUCCAACACUGUUGAUUGUUGUUUUGUCCUGGUUGUCAUUCUGGAUCAACCCCGAUGCCUCAGCUGCAAGGGUGCCACUGGGUAUUUUGUCAGUGCUUUCUCUAUCCAGUGAGAGCAUGUCCUUGGCUUCAGAGCUACCAAAAGUUUCCUAUGUAAAGGCUAUUGAUAUUUGGCUCAUUGCCUGUCUGCUCUUUGGGUUUUCAUCCCUGGUGGAAUAUGCUGUAGUCCAGGUGAUGCUGAACAGUCCUAAACUGAUCGAAGAGGAGAAAGCCAAAAUGGCCACAAAAGAAAAAGCUUUGAAGGAGAAAGAAGGAAAGAAGCCUUUAACUAAAGCUAUCAACACCAUCAAUGGCACUAGUGGAACACCAAUGCAUGUCAACACUCUGCAGGUGAUCACAACUUGGGUCGUUGAAACUCGCUGUAAGAAAGUUUGCACUUCGAAGUCUGACCUUCGCUCCAGUGACUUCAGCAUCGUUGGAUCUUUACCUCGAGACUUUGAACUUUCUAACUUUGACUGUUAUGGUAAACCAGUUGAAGUUACAGGGGCCCUCAAAUCACAAAACAAAGCCAACAAGAAACCACCACCACCUAAACCUGUCAUACCGGCAGCUGCUAAGCGCAUUGAUCUUUAUGCAAGAGCCCUUUUUCCCUUCUCUUUCCUCUUCUUCAAUGUUGUCUACUGGUCAAUCUAUCUGUAAGAGGAAGAAGAAGAAAGUGAUUUGUAUCCCUGGGUACAGAGCGGACAGUGCUGACACUAAAAGUACACUUUUCAUUGAUAAAUCAUAUAGGAAAUUUGUAUAUAGGUCAUUCCAUUAAAAAAAUCUGUUAAAUCAGAUAAAAGUUCCCACCUUACUCUGUCAGAAACAGCUUUCAUGUACAAUAUUUUUAGCAUUUUCAAGGAAGCAAUGAAUAACAUUACAUUCAUCCCGUCAAUAUUUUCCAAGGUACAUGGGGAUGCUUGAAAUUUUAUUUGUAAAUUUUCAACUGUGAACUCACCAUAUGGGUUAGAUAUCUGGUUAAAGCAAGUUAUAGCAUGGAAGGUCUCCUUUUUACCUACAUUUUCAACCUGUUCCCAUCUUCUAUACAGUUUUACAACACAAAAACUGGUGGGUUGUUUGUUUGGUUGGGUUUUUUUUUUUACAAUGGAUAUGUGCCACAAAACAAGCUAUUGCAGAAAUCCACCAUAUGUGAUGGAAUUAGAAAUGCCUGCAACUAGAACAUGUUUUCAGCAAACCAACAGUAAUCUCUGAGCAGUCUUACUCAUUCAGCAGUGUUGAUGCUCCAAGGAAACCAUGCCUAUCACAGCUUUAUUCCAGUUGAUCAAAACAGACUGGAAACUGUCAGUUUGUCUGGCAUCAAAAAUACAACCACUAUGCAGGCUGGAUGUAUUAUUGCCAGAAGUUCCUACAUAAGAGUCGUUGCUAACUAACAAUUAUUUUUUCUGUUUAGAGCCAUGUUUGCAAAGAUGCAAAAACCAGUGUGGUUCCCGGGUAUAACUGCAAAUUUUCACAAAUAUAAAACUUAGCGUCCUAUUGCUUGAGUUCCCUUAAAGCCCGUACAUUAAGUAGGCACUGCAUGUUUGUCUUUGUGUAAUACAGGACAUUGUGCUAGUUAUAACCUAAAUUAUGCAGUUUAAAAUAUCACUGUAUCCUGUGCAUUAGAAAUAAAUGCUUUUUAUUGAGGGUAACAUUACUGGUCACACUUCAUGUUAAAAGUAUAGUAUUCUAGAGUGGCCAAUGUGGAUGAGAAUCGAGGAAAAGAAGGUUCUCUGCAAGAACCGGUUCCUAGUAGACCAAUUCCUUGGAAUUGUUAGUCUGCUUGCCUGUCAAUCCCGCUUAUCAGUUCUGGCACGUAUGCUACAAUUAGCUGAUUUCAGUUAUGGAGGAGCAAAUUGUAGGGCAGUUUCCAGCGUGGAUACGAACAUAACUUUUAUUUUUAUUGCACAAAAGGAAGUGCAAACUGCAUCUAGGACAGAACAGCUUGUUGCUAAUACAACUUCAGCUCUUUGCAAGACAGCAUGCUAAUGCUAGGCUAUCUAAGAUCCCAGAGCGAUGCUAAGCUGAGUGAAUGCCAAUCCCAGCCCAUGGCUGCAGUAAAGUGAGCCAUCACUUGUGAGCUGCGGUGAGGCCAGCUGCCGCUGAACUUCAUCAGGUAAAAAACGGAUGAGCAGUUAGGCUGCAGGCUUCGUUUCUACCUGUUUUUAUUUAUUUAUAUAUUUAUAUUUAUUUUUAUAUUUAUAUAGCCCCAAAUCACAACAAUCUGUUCAUGUUUCUGAAGUAGAAUCAACAUGGAGAUCACUUUAAAGUCUGGUUGUGCUUGUUUUCAUUUUUGUUUUGUGCUGUCGGCUUUGUGUUCAUACCUAAACACUAAGAGAAAUAUCAUAUGUGUGCCCUCAUUAGGGCAGGGAUUUGUGUUGGUGUGUGGGACUGUAAAUUCAGGUUUAUAUUGGGAAAUGGUAAUUAUGAGACAAUAUGUUUUUGUUCAUUUGACCGAGAAAGGCAGUUGUAAUGUAACAAAUAGUGUAACAAAGUACUUCCUCCUCCUUUUGAGUAAGACCCCUGAUCAUAACAAAGAGUGGAAAUACCUCCAAAAUCCACAAACAUUUGACCCACAGCAUGUAAUUAAUUUGCAUGAACAUGUCUUUGACAUGGUGCUUAGAGAUGUUGGUGACUCUGAAAAUGAGAAUGAUAUGGGAAUCGAUAAGUGAUACCAAUCAUGAAAUCCCAUCCCUAGUGGCAAAUAAAAAAUAAAAUAAAUUCCAUGAUGAAAAUAUAAUCCAAAGAGAAUAAAAAAUGUAAAAAUAUUCUUCUGCAAUUUCCCUGUUGUUUCAAGUUUGACAAUAGAAGCAUGACUGAAAUUAUUUGUAUUAUAACAGUCUUAAUUUAGACAUUUUAUUGGCACCAUUUAUUUAACAGGAUUUAACAGGGAGCCAAUGAAGAGAAGCCAAUAUAGUCCCUGUCAGUACUCUUGCUGCAGCACUUUGGAUUAACUGAAGGCUUUUCAGGGAAUUUUCAGGACAUCCUGAUAAUAAUGAAUUACAGUAGUCCAGCCUAGAAGUAAUAAAUGCAUGAACUAGUUUUUCAGCGUGAGAGAUUGUCCAAUUCGAAAAAAGCAGUCCUACAAAUUUGUUUAAUAUGUGCAUUGAAGGAUAUAUCCUGGUCAAAAAUGACUCCAAUAUUCCUCACAGUGUUAAUGGUAGGUCCACCAUUAGUGCCCAGUAAUUUAAUGCCAUCCAUAGCAAUAAUCUGGUUAGAUACCAUAUUUCUAACAUUCUUUUAGGCCAGAGUAGAGUAACAGAAAAUUAGAGGUCAUCCAGGUCUUCCUGCAAUUAAUUGGUGUGUGCUAUCCAACUUACUACUACGGAUACUGCCAAAGGCAAGCAUGGAUAAGGUAAACAGAAUCGGUGCUAGUACACAAAGUGUUGCGUCCAUAACUAACGACUUUCCAUUUACAUCAACAAAUUGAAGUCUGUUAGAUAGAUAUGAUCCAAAUCCCUGCAGUACAGAACUUUUAAUAUCUAUAGCAUCCUCUAAUUCCUGUAAUAAAAUAGUAUGGUGAACAGUAUCAAACUGCACUAAGGUCUAGCAGGACAAGCACAAAGAUGAGUCCACUGUCAGAGGCCAUAAGAAGAUCAUUUGUAACCUUCACUAAAGCUGUUUCUGUGCUGUGAUGAGCUCUGAAACCUGACUGAAACUCUUCAAAUAAGCCAUUCCUCUGCAGAUGAUCAGUUAAAUGUUUUACAACUACUCCUUUAAGAAUCUCAUUAGGAACUGUCAGGAAUGACAAGCGUGUGGGGCCUAUAUUGACUACUGAGUACCAUGUUGAGUUAAAUUCUGCCAAAAUGAACUAGCCGGCAGCAUAAUUGUUUUACUUCAAUUUUCGGGGUGCGUUUGAAUCCAUAUUUAGAUCUGAUGCAUUUUCAAAGUGGUGCUUUAAUUUUUUGCGCAGUGUAACUAUUAACUAUUUGUUCUAGUGUGAUCUUUUUGAUACCUACAUCUUACUAGAGAUUUGAUAUUUAUGCUUAUUGUCCCGUGUGCAUUCCUAUUACAAAACAAGGAACAAUUGCUGCUACUGAAUAUUUCUCUGUUAUUUUUAGUAAACACAUAAAUAUAUUUUGUUCUUAUUUUUCUUAAUUUGAAAAACUGCAUGCAAAAUGCAAGGAGAUAAUGUUACAUAGCAUAACAUUGCAGAAAAACUACUCCAAAGUUUAAUUUAACAAUUAUUAGUUCUUAUGACACCUUGCUUUUUAUGAAUAACUUCAUGCUAUCUAUACUUUUUAACAUAAAGUGUAAUCAGCUCAGUCAGUAACAUUCCAGUAUGUAAAGAUAUAAUCAUAAAAAAGGAAGAAACUCUUCACUUAAAAUGCCAAAUAGAAAACUGUCGAGAUGUGAUUUAAAUGAAUGGGCAAGAACAGGAAAAGAAUCAGAAAUAUUUCCGUGUAUAGUAGACUGAUAACUGACUGAUGCCAUUAUGCAAUAUGUCAAAUUUCACUAAAGAUUGAUGAUAUAUCUUUUUGCUGGAGUGUUCUAACUAACUGCUAGAGUACUUUGACAUUAGAUUGCACAGUUUUAAGUACCAGCUAAGCUUGACUGCCAGUUGCUAAACUGUUUGCUAUGCCCUUUCUUAAAAUAUAUAUUACCAUGAUAUAUAUUUAGAAGUACUGUCUUCCCAGCACUGCAAAGAACUUGAAUCAUUUUAAUGGAAGUGAAUAAAAGUUUCUUUUCCCCAAGAA